AUAAAUUAUAACCUAUAUUUGCUUCUUGUAUAUUUUUUCUUUGGUAUUUAGAUGUUUUCAUUAAUAGUGAACUUUUAUAUUUUCUCAUUUUUAUUGACUAAUAAAUGCAAAGAACUGUUGUGUACCCGGUUGUAGUGUUUCUGAAUCUAGGAAAUAUCGGUUUCCUAUAUCAAAACCAGAAAUAUUUCGUAAAUGGGUGACCAAUGCGUCUAAUGAAAAACUUUUUUCCAAUCCCCAAAACAUUUUGCGAAUGACUGUAUUGCUCCUGAUACAAAACAAUCCCGACAUUGCAUUUACCAAAGAAACUUUUGGAAUAUGUUCAAUAUUUAAAGUAAUACACAUGAUAUUCCCUAAAACGGGUCAUUUACUUGAAAACUUCCAAUUCAAAUGCGGUAUUGUUUAUUUCUAUAAUCAUUCAAACUAGUAUGUAUUUUGAUUUAUUAUUUUUGUUUCUGAAGAUUUUAUGAGGUAAGUGAACAAUUUUAUUAAUUGAUUCAUAGUUUAUUACUCAAUAUUUCAUAAACAAAAGUUUUGAUGCCAGAAGAAUAAAUUGGUUUAUUUUUUUAAAACAUACAGUGCUAGGAAACAUGAAAAUUAUAAUUAAGAUAAUAGUUAUUUUAAACUGAAAUGUCUUAAACUUAAAUUGAAAUUGGACAAUCAAAUUUAAGAUAAAAUAUACAGCUUUGAUUAAUUAUACAAUACACAUGGGUGAAAAACUACUUACUUAUCUGCAAUCUCUUCUACCAUAGGUGUAUAGGUGAAGUACUCUUUUUUCCAGUUCUUUUGCUAUUUUUUCUGGGCCUGCCUCUUCUUUUUGUUGGUUUCAGUUUCCCAUAUAAACUCAACUGUUCUGUCCUUCAUUCUCACUAUGUGUUCAAACCAUCUCAAUUUUUGUUGUUCAAUUUGUUGCACUGUAUUCACUAUGUUUAAUUCGAGUCUAAUUGUGUAUAUCUUUAUUUCAUCAAGUGUUUUCACCUGCGCUAUUUUUCUCAUUAUUUCAUUUCACAUUUUGUUAUUUUUUGCUUCACUUUGUUGGUUAGCACCUAGGAUUCACAACCAUAAAUUAGCAUUGGUUCUCGUUUUGGUAUGUUUUGUUGUUAUUGUUUUUUAUUUCUGUACACACUUAAGUUGCUUUUAUUAAUAUUAAUUCUAUUUUAUGAUUUGAGUACUAUAUACUAAAAGACCUUAGCUGAUGCGUUGUACCAAUAAAUGACGUUUAUUUAUUUUAAUAUAUUAAUUUUUUAAUUAAUUACAAUCUAGCUAUCAACAUCUUUCAAUGCCAAUUUAAAAAGUGGAUAAAGGUUGGAAGAAAUUAAAAUUCAAUAUCUCAAUGUAGAAGUUGAAUAUGUUGAUGUAAAAAUGGAGUAUGAUGAUGAUAUAGAAAAAAUGAUUGACAUACCAAGUAAAGUAAUUGAUGGUGAUGCAAGUGAUGAUGUAGAACAAGUAGAUUCUUCCCUAGAAUCAAAAUACAUCUAUUUAUACAAAGAAAAUCAACUUUUAAAACGUCUGUUGAACAAAAUUCCAGUAUUUUCUGAUUCAAAAUGUAAUGGAGAGUAUAUUAUAAGUACAGAAUCUAACCAUCUAAUAGACUUAACAGAUAUUCAAAAUAUUUGUAGAGUUUGCUUACAAAAAUCUGACAGUUUAAUAUCACUGGAGGAACAGAUUGUCUUUGAAAACAGAAAUAUUCAUCAAAUGAGUAUUUUAGAAGCGCUCAAAUCAAUUGUAUGUGAUACAGUUGAUAUAUCGGACAAUCUUCCACAUAAAAUAUGUACGCAAUGUCAAAACUACUUAAAAUCAUUCAUAACAUUUAAGUAUGCUUUUAACAGAGCUGCAUCUAUCUUAAAUAUCUUCGCAAAUGGAACAUUUGAGACAAGUAAACCGUCUGUUUCAACUUCCUCAUGGCAUGAACAUGAUUAUUCAAAAAAGGAUCCUUCAAAACAUGGAGAAUGUUUAUUUAAGCAAUUAGAAACAAAUGAUACUAAUACAGAUAAUACUAACGUAUUAACUCAAAAAUCUGAAGAUUUUCCAAAUUUUGUUAAAAUUCGGUCACCUACCAGAAGAAAAAUACUUAGACAUGAAGUUAAAAAAAAGAUGAACAUACUUCACACUUGCCCGAUAUGUUGGACUAAAAUGUCCAUGUCGAAACUAAUACCUCACGUUAAAUCUCAUAAAACUUUGGAAAAGUAUUUGAAUAUUCCAAAAGUGUCGUCGAAAAUUCGAUUCUACGCACCUGCACGUCACAUUCAAGGAUUAUUAAGUGGAGAAGGCGAAAAAUUACAUGAAUGUCCGAUUUGCAAGUACGAGUUUAAAGCUACAGAAUUUAUAUUACACGUUCAUCAUCAUUUAACACACGAUCGAUUCAAAUGUGAAAAAUGCCAUCGUAGCUUUAAAAAGAAAAGUUAUUUGUUAUCUCACAUGUUGGUUCACAAUAAAACUUUUCCCUUUAGGUGCGAAAAAUGUAAUAAAGGUUUUGUUAUCAAAUCCAACUAUGAGUGUCAUUUGUUGACCCAUGAAGAUGGAGAACUACCUCACAAAUGCAUUGAAUGUGGAAAAGGCUUUUCAAAUCCCAGACAUCUUUCUCGCCAUAUGACUGUCCACACGGAAAAUCGGACUUACUCUACAAAAUACAGAUAUAAACGGUGUAAAUAUUGCGGUGAGGGAUUUUCAAAUAAAGAACAACUAGUGGAACACGUUUGUCAUCAGUACGGUGUUUAUAAAUGUAAAUACUGUUUCAAAGUAUUCUUAAAUUCAAGAACGCGUCUAUUACAUAUUCAUAAAGUUCAUUUUAAUGGAAAAAACAAUCCAGGUUACUGCCCGAUUUGUAACUUAACAUUUAAAAAUAUAAAUUACCAUAAAGCAUCGAAACAUCCUAGGGAAAACUUGAAAGCGUUAUGUACAGUGUGUGGAUUACAUGUCACAAAUAUUUACACACAUAUGUUGAAGCAUCGGAAUGUUUCUACAAACAAAUCUUACCAAUGUCCUAUUUGUUCCAAAUUGUUUUCUUAUAGGACAACUUUGAAAAAGCAUUUAACUAUACACAGUGGAGUGAAGCCUUACAUAUGUAGUUUUUGUGGAAAAGCUUUCAAUUCCAUUUAUAAUUUACAAGUUCAUGAGAGAAUUCACGUCGGAAAUAGAUGUCAUGUUUGUCCUAUUUGUGAUAAAGGUUUUCUUGAAAAAUCUUACCUCAAUAAACAUAUGAAGACACAUAAGGAUGUAGAUGUACUCUUGUCACAGCACCGAUUAUGAAAAUUACAGAAGUAUUUAAAUUAAAAAAGAUUACUAGUAAUAUAAGUGUUAUAUUUGUAAUAUGUGGGUAGAUAUUUAACUUAAAAAGCAGCAUUACUCUUCCAACUUUGUUUUUUGAAAUUCUUUCAGUAUAGCAUAGCUGAUGAUACCUAAACUUAGCAGUAGUGUCAUAAAAAUAUCAAGAGAAUCAUCUCAAACUUUAAACUUGUUUAUCUAAACAUAUGCAUAGCUGCUGCCAUUAUAAUCUGCAAAUUUUCACAAAUCAAUUAAUAAUUAAGUUGAAUUUGCGAACUAGCGCUACUACUACCUAUCGGGAACAUGUUGAGCGUUCGCUCUCGACUUUUUUGUUUUUCAUUUGUUCAUUCACAAGUAUAUUUUCAAAACAGAGGCUAUUUUGGUUGCUUUUAUCGAACCUAACAAGUGUUACAUUAAAUAGUAAACGCGGAGGUACUUUGUCUAGUUCCUUUACAAAGAAUUAAGAGGUGUAUUAAUCACUCACCCAUUUUCAUAUAUUUAUAAAAAUAGUCAUUAUAAUUCAAAAUAAAAUUAUAGAGAAUAAUUCAUGCAGUUCCAAUUCAUUUUUCUUAUUUUCAUAAAUGAAUUCAAUCAUUUUUCUCUUAAGAAAGGUUACAAUUUGACGUUUGAUAACAGAACACCGUCGAUUUAACAAAUUUCUCUUCCGCUACCACCGAAUGAUUCCGUUGGGGUUGUACAACGGUUUCGUCCGACCAAUGUAAUUUAAAUCCACUCGACAGCAGAGCUGCUGUAACAGUCGAGUGAGGGGUGGCUGCAAAGUCUAGUUUAUUUUGGUGCCUGCAAUACCAAUCAACUACUUGAUUUGAAUAGACACGAAAUAUGACUGAUCUUCUAAGCAGACAAGGUCAUUAAGACACCACCACCAUGAUGUAGGCAUCACUGACCGAUCCAGAAUGCAGCCAGUGCUUGGAGGAGGAAGAAAUUGCAGAUCACCUCAUUGGUGUUUGCCCAGCAUUCACAUGUGCGGAAUCAGAGACAUGAGCAAACUUUAUAGUUUUCUUAUUGAUGUCAAAACGUUUAUGCAAAGUCGCCUGAUUAGCGUUUUCAAGUUUAUUAAACUUUGGGGUAGUUCUAAGUGGGG